AGGACAUAUAUCUAUGGUUGUUCUCCUUCUGGGAUUUGGCGCAGAUCCAACUUUACGUGAUGGACAAGGAUUUAGCUGUAUUCACUUGGCCAGUCAGUUUGGACACACUGCCAUUGUGGCCUACCUGAUUGCCAAAGGUUGUGACGUGGAUAUGAUAGACAAAAACGGAAUGACUCCUCUAAUGUAUUCUGCCUAUAGAGUGUUUGGGUAUGACCCUACACGACUACUGAUGACCAUGGGGGCAGGUAUUAACAAACAAGACAAAGUCAAUGGAAACACGCCUCUUCACUUUGCCUGUCAAACAGGCAACACAUGUGUAGUGAAAAUGCUGUUUGACAAAAAUGCUGAUCUGAAUAUUUUAAAUGCAAAGGGUCAGACUGCUUUGGACGUGGCCGCAGAAUACAAACACGCCAACAUCGUGAAGAGGAUGAGACAGGAGCGGGCAGACAGGGGACUGGAUCAUCAGAACGUCUUCACCAAACUCUCCAGGAACAAAGAUGUAAGAAAGAGGGUAAUGUGGUGGUUUCCUUUUUUUGCUGUGUACACCAUUGGCCUGAUCCCUGAACUCUCCAUAGCUUGGUACUAUAAGUUAAUUCUGGCUCUGCUUGCUGCGGGCUUCUGGAAAUUCCUCAACAUGUUUUUCUUUGACGAGAGAUUGAUGAACAUUAUUCCCGUGUCUGUGUAUCUUAGCUCCAAAAUAAUGAUGUUCUUCACCUGGUUUGUGUAUCUCGUUCCUUGUAUCCUUUUCUUGCGUGUUUAUUUUGAUAGAUAUUCCCCAUUUUCAAAAGUACUAUAA